GAAAAGGCCAGGGCCUACAAGACACUCAUGGACAUGGUGCAGAACACGGAUGCCUCGGUAGUUCGACAGGUGGUUCGAGAAAACUGGCACAAGUGUCUGGUUGGGUCAGAUUAUCACUGUGGCUUUAUAGCAAAUGCCGCAAUCAGCUACUCCAAUCCUACAGUCCUUAGCCGAACUAUGCAAGAGCUUGGAGAAAAGGUGCUCAAGUCGUCAAAACGGGAGAUCGCCAACCACUUUCGCGGCGAGGAUCUUGACGAAAUAGCAGACCUCAUUGGUCCGAAACUCGGCAUACAGUUCCAAGACAGGGUCAUGGCCACGCGCUUGGAAACCAUCGGCGCGCAAGAUCUCAUCAACGCCUUAGCCAGAGCUGAGCGCCUUGGCUACCACAUCAAUGACGUCGUCAAGAAGAAACCCGGCUCGGGAGGCGAAAGUGUUAUCCCAUCUAUAUCUGCUCUGCUUACUUCGCUACCACCAAUGCCACCACACCAAAUGCAUGGCGGCGCCCCCCCACCUCCGAUGCCACCGCAUCUAGGUCCAGGACCCCCACAGCAGCCUGAGCUGCCACAUCGAGCACCGCAAAGUCAACACCCUAUCCCCAUUAUGCUAAAUGGGAAUAUCACUUUCCACCAGCCGAUUCCAAACCAAACAACCGGGAUAAUGUAUUGUGCAACCUGCCAUCGUCCUUGCAGCAGUGCAGAUGCCCUUAGCUAUCAUUCGAAAAAGGCCAAGUGCCAAAUCCCCAAGCCAUCCGGGACAAUUGGCGUAGAUACGUGCGUUCAUUGCGGCUCCCAAUUUGAAAGCCCAGGCGGCCUCGCAUAUCACACAAAGAGCAAUGUCUGUGGACAGCAUAGCGAAGAGACCAGAUUGCAUGUCAUGGAGCUAUUAAGACAAAGAGAGGCAUUACAGAAGAUGGCCCCAAAUCAGCCACCCAACAACCAUGGAGCUCCCAAUUAUCAUAUGACGCCCGGCCAGGCACCCAAUCCCGCGCCUGCUAUCAUCAAGUCAAGCGUAACCCCGAAUCGGAGAACGAUGAGCUCUGUGCCAAAUGCAAGCCCCUCAGUCAACGACCCCUACGCAAAGCUUUCGCCAGAUCAACGAAUAAAGUUUAAUGCAGAAAUGAAAUCAGUUGACGACUACUAUCUUGGCUUAAUGCGAGAAGCAGAGCAGUUGCGACCCGGGAAGCGUGAAGAGGAGUUGGCUAAGCUCAAGAAUCGAUACAAUACGAAACAGAGCAAUACCAGGAAGAAGUAUGGAAUCCGCCUCCGUGAGAGGCGUGCCAACGCAGAUGUGGAGCGCUCUUGGAAUGGUAGCUCACCCGAUUAUGCCCAUUCUGCGAAGAAGGCCCGCAUGGAUGAUGGGCACGCGAGGCAAGCUACGAAUCAAGUUGGGGAAUCGCCGCGUGCGAGAGUUCCCCUCUCUGAAAUGGGAGGGCUAUCGGCCUCCUCGGCUACUGCGGAACUGGUUGAUCCUACAGCAUCGUCGACGGGUUCUCGGCCACCAGCCCCAGCAUAUGGCCAAACAGCAGCACCUGUCCAAGGAGUUCCACAUGGGACAUACCAAGGGACACCUGAUGAUCCCAUGCAGAUUGAUGACGAUACUAGCACGGGCACGGGCACGGAUUCUGACGUCGUGGACAUCCCAGCCAGAAUCAAGCCGGUUUGAGACAAGGGGGAAUGCACUGGCCGAGAGCACCGAUCAUAUGGGUGAUGAGAAAACGUCGCUUUCAUUUGUUGGCUUGUUACAUAGGUGUGAUAUUGCUUCACCCGAGUCUUAAUCGGGAGGAGGGGGUCCGAGACAGAUCAUUGGCAUUUCGCAAUCAUUGCUUGGAAGCAUUUUCAGCAUCACCCAUCACGUUUUUUAUUUCUUGUUCUUUUUCUUUUUUUAUAUACCUCCAUCCGGAUAUGGGGAGUUUGGCAUCUUGAUAAGGCAUCUGCAGCGGCGCAUGGGUUCUUUUGCAUUGGUUUGCGUUACUUUGCUGCUCAGGCAUGUGGUUUCGGUAAAUCGUUUCAACAACCAAGGGACGGCAUGGCGUUUUAGAAGUUGAGGCGGAAGGAUUCAUGGUGGAAACGCGAACACGUAUCUGCAUAAGAUACUAAUGUGGUUUGGAGAGCAAUUUUGGGACAAAACCCCAUUAUGGACUAGAGGGCAAGGUAGACUACCAAACGCUCAUAGCGUAUGAUAUUUUGAAUGAAAACAAAGUUCAACCUGC